CCGAAUGACCAAUGGUUACUGUAUUCAUAUGAAUAUUUGUCAGAAAAAUGUUGUUGUGUUGCAGUUUUGUUUGAAUUGUUGAGUGGCGGUCUGCUAAUCGAAUUGACUGGAUACAAGUUGUAGGAAUUUAUUAAUAAACCGAACAUGUUCUACAGGUUGUAGUCUGCACCUGAAUUUUGUGACAUGGCAUCGUUGAAAAAAAUAUGUCAUACAAAUUAUAGUAAAUAACACCCACCUCCAUUUUAAAUUGAUGAUCAGAAAUCCGAGACAUAUAAGAUUUUAAAUACACCUAAUCCACUGAAACUGUUCAAGGACUCAAAUAAAGUAUGUAUAGCGAGCUGAAGUUCCAGCUAAAAUGUUCAAUUUGGAAUCAUACGUAACACCGGUUAUACUCAGCUAUGUCGAGAAAUAUGUUAAAAAUUUCAAACCUGAACAGUCACAGGUUUCAUUAUGGGGUGGUGAUGCCUCCUUUCAAAAUUUGGAUUUGCGUCUAGAAGUUCUAGAAGAACAGCUUAAUCUUCCGUUCAGUUUUGUCAGUGGACAUAUUCAUGAGCUACUAAUUCACGUUCCAUGGGUAAAAAUCACCUCAGAACCUAUCGUAGUGACCAUCAAUACCAUAGAGUGUAUUCUGAAACUAAAAGAUGAGACCCAAGGGGAACCUACGGUACACAAACCACCAAAGAGAAAAAAGGAACAGAAAGAGGAAGAAACACCUCCAGGAUACAUCAAGAGUAUGGUGACUAAGGUUGUGAACAAUAUAACGAUCAAUUGUAAUAAUUUGAUACUAAAAUAUGUUGAGGAGGAUAUAGUUCUUAGUGUGAAUAUCAGGUUCUUGAGUAUGCAGAGUGUUAAUAACAAAUGGGAACCAGCUUUCACAGAUGUGAGCAGUUACGAAGUACUCCUGAGGAAACUUAUAACGAUACAGGAUCUCACACUGUGUUUAGAUAAAAUGGAUGCCUCUGGAAAAAUCGAAGUGUAUCAGGAUCCGGUAUUGUAUCGGUGCUCGAUGAUUAUAAGAUUGAUAGUCAAUUACCAUAGUAACACUGCAAAGCGUGCAUCAGUCACAAGACUUGACUUACACUGCGAAAAAAUGGAAUUCAGUAUGACGGAGCAGCAGAUUCCUAUGUUACUAAGAUUGAUAGCUCUCGUAAUGGCUUUACAAACUAAAAUGCUACCAGCCAGUAAAGAAAGAUCGUUAAUAUCGUCAGAAGAAGGUACCGAAAAUGACCGUGAAGAUGAUUCCGAAUCAGAUUCAGGAUCGCAACAAGAAGGCGCAAGUUGGGCUGGCUGGGCGUGGAAUAUGGUUCCAUCUGUUUUGCCAGUUCAUUGGGAUAAUGAUUGGUCUAGCGAGCAACUGAUGGCAUAUGCUGGUCACACAAUACACAUGGGAUUUUACGUCGAUGAUGCGACUGUGACAUUCAAGACUAUGGACAGCGUAAAGGAACAGCUAUUUUACAAACCUCGGAAAAUUAGAUACAAAUCAUUUCUCUCUCUGAAACUGAAUGGCGUUGUAAUAGAUGUUUUACUCCAAGACAUGACGUGGACAAGAAUGCUAGCUGGACUUGGUAGCAUUAAUCUUUUUCCUAGAGGAACGUGCAGUUGUGGUCAUCUUGAAGUCAUUGAUGGAGCACAGCCACCUCUCUAUAUGUGUGCCGGUAAAAGGGGAAACAAUCAUCUCAAGGAUUCUUUAUUUGAUGAAAAUGCUACAGAGAAUAAAGGGAAAAAGAGGGUCUAUAAACACGGCAUAGAUUAUCAUCUAGCAACUGUGUCUGUGGACAAUUUGCUGGAAAGAUGCCCCGCAUUUGUCAUGGAUUAUAUCUAUCUCAUUGAUUUGCCUGAUGAUAUCACACCAGAGAAAUUAGCUGAGUUUAAUUCAAACUUUGAAUACAGUAAUUUCCAUGAGCACAGAGUGGUGAGAUACGUAAUCGGAGAAUUGACAGUACGGAUGUGUUCAGGACUUUUUCAUCGUAUCGAAUCUAUUCAACAAGCUGCCAUGAAAUACGAUUACGCCCCUUACGUAGUACUCAAACCAGAGCCAACCAUUGAUGAACUUCCUCCAGUCACAGUAGAAGAGUACGAUGCCCUGAGAGAAAAUAUUUCGAAGGUUGAAAUCAAAUUGAUCUUAAUUAAAGGAACCAUUGAAUUACAAUUGGCCGACCAUCAAAUCACUGGGAUACCUCGAAGAAGAAAAUUUGUCGAAAAAAAGACAGCACCAUUAACACCUGCACUGUCUGAUGACCCAAUUUUGAGUAUAGAAUGGGAUAAAUUACUAGUAAAUAUUGACCAACCAAUGUACCCGCAUCGUCUAGCAGCCUGCGCGUGUAAGCAAGCCGAGUUACCAUCUGAUAUGUUAAAAUCUUGUCACAGGCUCAUCAAUGCAGCAGCACAUGGUUUAAAUUGCCAACUUUAUUUGACAAGGGAUAGUCGAACGACAAUUGUGAUGCCAUUUACUAUUAGCUACACAAUGAAAAUGUUGCUUUAUCCUCAAUAUUGGCUUAGCUUAAAUAUGGCACAUGUUUUCCAUCACUUCCAAUUUGAUGGUAUCACUAUCACAGGAACUAAAGUCAAACUUAUGAUUGCGACUUCUAUUUUAUCAUCUAUCAUUGAUCCUAAGAAUACACUAAAUCCUAUGAUUUGCUCGUCACUUUUCAACGAUGCUUGUCAGGAACGAGAUCCUGUCUACCUUGAGCUAUGUCUCGAAGGUAUAAGUGGAAAAAGUAUAUCAUCGCUAGCCACGGUUUCAAAUAUAUUGAAUAUAGCUUCUGUGAAAAUUUUCUUACUCAAUGAUUUCCAACAAACGUUUGUUCUUUCUGGUCCUGAAAGUGAUCUUCAGAGCGAGGCGGAUACCAAGCCAUUAUUAUCAGCUGUAGUACAGUUUUCAAAGGAUCCUAGCAAACAGCUUCAUCCACCAAUUCUUUCAUUCCAAGUAUCUGAGAUCCGAGGUUCUCUGGAUCCUUUGCUUUCUCAGUGGCUUCAAUAUUACCCGGUUUAUUACAAACUAGAUCAAGCCAGCACAAUACCCCUGGAGGUCCAACAGCCAGCGCCUGGAGAACUGUCCCCUGAUGCAUCCGUUCGCAAAAAACAUUUUCCAGGUCUCAGUCAAAGCGUUCACAGCUCAUCGGAUAAAGAGAAACGGAAAUCUGGAAUUACCGCUGAUGGAUCUAAUUCACGAUCAAAGAUGGAUGACCCACCCAAGUCUGAUCAAAAAACUGAAACUCUCUCAUCGCAGGCUAACUUACAGAAAAUGGGGGUAUUGGAUAGGAUGGUCGAUUGGUAUCCCGGUUGGCGUGGACUUGUGUUAAGUGGAUAUAUUGGACAUAUUGUUAUUUAUAUCCCAACCACAACAAUGAGCGGCAUCGGCGUCCAUGGUAUUGAGCAAGCAAAAGAACAAGCUUUGAGGGAAGACCAAAAUUUGCGAAUGCUUGUGAUAAGGACACCGUCACUUUACUUAAAUUCAACUAAUAUGCAAGCUGAGACUUUGUCGCAAUAUCUAAAAGACUUACCUGUGCAGUUACCGAAAGCCAUUUGGACCCCUGAAAUUCAGAGUUUUCCAUGGACUGUAAACGUUAACGAUUUUCACUGUUAUACGCUCCAAAGAGAACUAAAAAGAAACCUAAUUAAAAAAGUAUCUCUUAAUGCUACUGUUGGAUUGACUGCUAAAACCGCAACAGAAUCUUCGAGUAUUUCCAAACCACCGCUGGCAAAUAAAUUGGCGGCUCUAAGCCUCUAUGUUCAUAUUGAUACCACACCAAUUACCGUUUCAAUCUCGGAAGAACAGGUUGUAUUUAUUAGCAGCAUUGCAGUAAAUAUACUGAACGUAAUGCAAGGUAUUUAUCCAAGCAUGCCUAGUAGAAGUACCACAGAUGUUCCGGGAGAAAUGCAAACUAUUCUUCCUACAUUGGUGCAAUCUAGUCCAAAUCAAACAUUAUUCAGAGAGGACAGUGCCACUACCUCAACGUUAUCAACUACCAGGGAAGAUGUUGGGCAAGAAACAGACAGCUUGACUUUAACAGCCUGGGUUCAGUGGACGAUAAAUAAGUUGGCAGUCAAAUUUUAUGUUAUGGGACAGUCAGAAGGUGCAUCUUCGAAAAUCAUAUUGGAGCUGGAAGACAUUAUCACCUCAUUGGAUUUACAACCAGUUUACCUUAAACUAAAGACGAAAAUUACAACCGCUACAAUUCUGAACUAUGUCAGACAACCGAAUACCCAAGGCUGGGAUCGUGCGGAAUAUGGUGGUUUGGUAAUGUGUGGCAGAGAAGAUAAUUCAGAAAAAGGUGAAGAUUCUGGUUUUCUAAGUCUAGUUCUCACUAGAGCAAAAUGUGGAGAAGUGCACACGCGAUGGGGUACCCAAAAACGUCGUAAACUUCAGCGGUCGGAAUCUAGAUCAGAUACGAGUCAAUUUAUGAGUGGAUAUAUAAGUGAACUGGUGAUUAAAAUGCAAAUGUUGGACAUAAUAUUACCAUUGAGUAUUAUUGGCAAGUAUACGCAGCUCGUUGAACCGUUCAUGCAUUUGACCCGACGCUCCCAUAAUAAGACCAUCGACAAUGCGCCUGGCAAAUUUACCUCAUCUACUUUGGGUGGCUUAGCGAAUUUAAGAAACGAUUCUUUACCGCUCGUGUACCUCGAAUUCAAGGGAUGCAGACUUAUGCUACCCGCAUCUGCCGAUGCCAGAUGUAAACUACUCCAUGAUCUACUAAUAAUACAGUUAGAUGGCAUCAGUAUCACACCACAUGCUGAAAAUCCGAUUUGUAGAAUACCAAUACGAUCAGAUAUAUACCAACUAGCUGCGCAGGCAAAUAUAUUAAACGUACCUGGUUCUGCAGUCGAAGAUCGACAAUAUCAAAUCAAUGUGAAAGGUGUCUGUGCAGAUACGACUACAUGGAAAAAUUACAAACUUAGCAUUACCAAGAGAUCGUCGCAAUCUUAUUUGUACACCAUGAAUGAAAAUCCAGCACUGGAAUGGAACAAGCUUGGUAGUGGAAGCAGCUUAGAGCCAAAUCUUUCUACAUUCCCGUUGAUCACGAGGUUUGAUCUGUGCUUAAUCAUAGCUCCUGCAACAGUAUUUAAACCUGAUACUAUCGUCUGUGGGAAUGCGGUUGAAAUUAAUUGUCUCACAGAUAUUGAUAUAACGAUAAAUUUGAACCAAAUCGAAUUGAUUUCUACUCUCAGUAAUGAGUUCAAAACUUUUUUCAUUGAAAGUAUUGUGGAAAGAGAUGAAUCUUUAUUCACUAUCAAAUCAUCAACAGCAAGACCAGCAUCUUGUGCACCUAUAUCCGAAGAGGCAGAUAUCGAUUUUGCUAAAGACAGUGGCGUUGAUUUUGAAAUGUCCAGCAUCAACUCUACUGUCAUUGGAAAAUCAACACGACGAGGCACUACGUUGUUACCGCCUUUUGAGUUUCUGGUCAACUGUGGUAAAAUCACGCUUAUCCUCUACGAAACCAAACAAGCAACCACCUCUUCCGAAUAUGAAAUGGAUACGAACGAAGGAGAUGAUAUCGAGGAUGAUGUGAUUCAGCCACUUCUUUACAUAAUGAUCGAUCAACCCAAUAUCUACAUCUCACAACAGACUUUAUCUCAAAAACUACAAGUAACAUGUUUCGAUGUAACAAUAGCACUGGGAAAUGAACAAAAAAAACAUUCCACGCCUAUACCUAGUCCAGCUGAUUUUAAUGUCUGUCUGAUGGAAACAAAGAACGGAGAUCCUCACAUUGAUACCGGCAUACCACCUUCUUUUGUGACUGUUAAAUGCAAUUGGCAACUCACUAAAAAUCCACAUUAUUCCGUUAUUAUAGGAAGGCCAACAAAAAUUCAUUGCUCAAUUUCCAGGCUUAACCACAUUGAAUCUACAAAGAACAAGUUGAUAGCAUGUUAUUCAGAUGGGACGAUUGCUAAAUUACCAUCUUAUUCUCCAAGGGAGUCAAACCAUCCGAUGGAACAACCAUCUCCAAGAACUUUACACAAUAAAUACAACAUUCCUGAUUUGAAUAUAUCUACGAAACAAAUUGUUCUUUCCAUAAACACCGACUCUGGGUCGGAAAUUUUGAUCAGUUUAUCUGCUCUGACAGGAAACACGUCUACAGCGAUCAGGCCAGAGAGGAUUUAUCAAAAUGUAUCAUUAGAUUCUUUGAUAAUAUCAGUCGUUUUACAUGGGAAUAUAAAAGUCCUGUUGAAUCCAUGGUGCUGCAAUAUUACACUUUAUCUCCUCUGGGAACCCUGGCAGGAUGUUGAUACUGUGCCGCAGAUACAAAUCCAAGCAGAUAGCGAAAGUCUUUACCUGGACAUUGGGCCAGAACAAAUGAAGAUCAUGUCUACAGUAAUACAGGACUGUCAAAUAAUCGCGACUUCCUUUAAUCAGCCACCAACGGAAGAAGGCCAAACGCAAGUCAAGCGAGCAGUGACUUCCAACUCCGAUCAACACUACAAAGACGAUUUAAAAGCUGGCGCAUUUCAAUUUAUCGAUGGAAAUGGUGAUGAACUGCCUUUUCCAUAUCAAGUGAUAUUCUUGACUUGUCCGCAACAGGCAAUGGCAUGGCGUUAUCCACAGCCGAGGGCGCUGACAAAAUUACAUGUCUCCCCUGUACCGUUCAAAGCAUCUGUAAAUGAAUCAGAGUGCGAAGAAAGAGUGCCAUGUAGUAUCGAAUAUUGGAGUGAAAGUCACUCAGCGUUUCAACAUUACGCCAACUUUUAUCUGUCGGAGACUGAUAGUUACCGUUUAGAUUUUCCUGAUAAAACACCAGCCCGAGCAGUGGCGUGUAUUUGGCGUGUAGUUCUACGGCCGACCAAAUCUCAAACUCAUGCCAACACCCUGGUGUCUGCUCGAGUUCUUGCGGCUUGCCUGAGAAUUGACUCCUAUUUCAAUUCGACGAUUGUUCCAAACUUGCAGGCUGCAUUAAACAUUGGUACCAUUCAUGUGGCUUUUUACAACUGCGUAAAUUCUAGCAGUUAUAGUCGCCUGCCAGCACCGCUUCAAAACUUCACAUUGGAUAGUUACAUUCCAACAACCCAAUGCUAUCUCAAUUUUGAGCACAAAAAAGCCAUUGUGGUACUAAAUCGAUGGGCAGAUAAUUCAGUGAUGGUUGACAUUGGUGGAAUCGUUAGCAUUCGCGUAUUAGAUUACGGACUUCUCAAUAUGCACGAAGUGCUGGACCCACUGGAAGGAAAAGUCCAACUGUCAAUUGCUGACAGGAUAGAUCUUUCGGUCGUAUGCAACCCAUUUUCAUUGAAAUUUGGUCCUGCAGUUAGUCAUACUUUGGCAGUUUCUGCCCAUCUUUGGGCAAUCGCAUUCGAUAGUGAAAAUAAAAAUGUAGUCGUACUCACAAGAUAUGUAAUUGCUAAUGACAGCAACAUUCCGAUUCGUUUUGGACAGAGCGGUACUGAAGACAACACCAUACUCCAAAGUAGACAGUGUCACUUUUAUUUUUGGCGCAGUGUUAACAAUCAAUUAUUGAGGAUCGCCAUUGAAGAUAAUUCCUGGGCUUGGAGUCAGGCGUUUGCUGUUAAUAAAAAUGGAAUACAGGUGAUAGAUUUUGGAAACAACGCAUCUAAAAAUAUCACAAUUUUUGUCAACAUCACAUCGCUUUCUGCCACCCAAAAAUUAAUCACCUUCUCUGGGCAACUCGUUAUUACAAACCAAAUGGUUGAUAAUUUUGAAAUGAAGCUAGUUAAGUACGAAGCUGCUAAUGAGGCUACAAUAAUUCCUUCAAAAAACGUGCAUAUUAUAAAAGGAAAAAGUCAGCCAGCAUCCACAGUACUCGAAAAUACACAAAAUAUGGCUAUGCGACUAAGAUUUGCUAGCUUGACCAACCUUUCAUGGACAGGUGAUAUUCCCUUACAACCCAACAUGAAAUGCAGUCAGCCAUGGCUAGUUAAGGUACCAUUGCAAGAACGUGGCCAAUUCUUAAGCAUUUGGGUGAGAAUAAUUCUUCAAGUUAUUCACGGCAGGACAAAAAUUCUUGCUGUUCUGAGUCCACUUUACAUGAUUCGGUCUUACCUGCCCGUGCCGGCAAAGGUACAGAUGGAAACUCCUUCUUUGAAAGUUUCGUUGUCUGCAAAUGUCAAUGGAAGUGGAGAAAGACAGCAAUUGUACUGUCCUGGAACUUUUGAACACUUUCAUCAGCUUACGUUUCAACUCGAAUCAGGUAUAUCAGCUUCAAAUCCAUAUGUGCCGCUGUCGUAUAGUUCGGUAGACCAGAGAAAAUUCUUUAGGAGACCAGAGAAGGAGGAUAUUGAAACUAUUUUAAAAGAGUUAGAGAUUAUAAAAGACGAACCACAAUGGCCUUUUCAGAGUGACGAUGUACCUGAAUGGACAUCAGCUGAACAACCCCAAACUCAUGUUCAAGUGAAAUAUCAAGAUGCCGGACUCAUCUCCAGUACUCUAUUAUUGGAGUUGCAGCCGUGGUGUUUUAUACUGAAUUCUCUCGGAUGCCAUUUAUCUUUAGUAUCAGAAGAUAUCGAACUCUGCCAGGUUCCGCACUACGGAAUUGUGACCCCUCCGAAACUAGACGGAACAUUUCACUUUGGCGUAGGGCUUGGUGACACUUAUUACACUUCUCCAGCUCUACAAUUAGCUCGUCCAGAUUGGAGUCAAAGCUUUUAUAUGCCUCGAAUUGGAGGACUCAUUCCACUUGAGGGAAACAUGAAAACUGCUGUCGAUUGUGGCUCCAGUUUGUGCAUGGUGAGCGUCAAUUCCAGCAUGCAUGAAGACAUGAGAUUAGUUCGAGUGUCCAGCAGUCAUGUCAUCGCAAACUUGACACCUCAAGAAUUAUGCGUCGCCACACUUGCCGUGAACGAAACAUCGUCUAAUCUCCAAGUACCAGACGAUCUUACUCCGUUUAGUUUGAAUAUUCUGCCAUCAGAUGACAAAAAGUAUGCUACUCCAAUAGUGCAAUGGUAUUUGUUGUUCGAACAAGAGAUUGUCGAUCCAAUGGCACUGUACAUUUCUCUAAGUUUGGGCCACCAGUGGUCUUGCCCAAUAAGGGUUGACCAAGGUAUGAGUCGCAGAUGCCUCGCUAUCCCUAAUGGGUCUGUGACGAUGCCAAUCGUAGUGACUACUCAGGAAGAUAAAGGCACUACUUAUAUCACGAUUCACAUUGAUAAACAUCCCCAACUUCUGAUCAGUAAUGGAUGUGCAUUCAAAAUUCUCCUCGGACAAGGGAAUGCAGAUGCCAAUGGUAUAUUAGCUGAAUCACCCCAAUUUUCUUGGAUUUGUGACGUAGAAAGUGGCGGAUCUUGUCACUAUUCUCUACCAGCUGUUGGAAGUCGACUACCUGAUUCUCCGGCGCUAAGUAUUACUCCAUUGCUACUGUUAACAUCAGUAUCAAACAGCGGCUGCGAUGCAUCGCAAAGUAUGAGUUGGUCUCGAGGCGUCAGCCUAUCUGCAACAUCUGCACAAUCGGAUCAGUACGUUCGACUUCCGUACCAUGGAGAUAUAAAGCUCGUCAUGUACACUCGGUGCUAUACGACGUAUAUUAAUAUUCUUCCUAUAUCUCAGGUUGAAAUCUCAGCACGAGAUAUCCGAAGUAGACUUUUUCACAAUGAGAGUAGAUCAACUGAUGUGGAAACGCUGUAUAAUCGACAGCUUGCUAACUCUUCAGACGAGACUACACAUCCAUUACUUGCACAAAGUUCUCCGAGUUCGACGUCAUUAACGAGCUUUUUUUCGGCACAAGAAGAUAUUUCAGGAACAGAUUCACCUGUAUCUUCGCAACAUAAUUUAAAACAUGUAAACGCUAAAUCAAAGAAAAACACCAGAGGCACUCAGGAACUGUGUAAUCAUGGUAGAUUGAUAGCAGAAUCCAACAGUGUGUCUACACGUGAGAAAUCGGUCACCAUCCAUCUUCGUGGUGUUACAAUAACUAUAACGCAAGAUGUGAAUGAAAAUGCCCAAACCAUUGAAAUUGCUAGCUUGUCGAUAACCGAUUUGUUUUUCACAAUGGAACCAAAAGAAAAUAUUCUAUCGAGUUGGAUUUGCAUCGGAGACCUGCAGUUGGAUAAUCAACUGUUUGACCAGGGGGGCUUUGAUUUCCCAGUAGUAUUGAUCGGCCAAAAUCCAGCGAUUAAAAAGGAACUCGGUCCUUCUUUGAACAGUAGUUUAAACAGCAUCCUAACAGAACUACAAAAAAGUUCAUUACUGGCGAUCAAUAUGACAUUCGAAAAAGACGGAGAAAUAUCAGGUAUCAAAGAUUUUCGAGUAACCAUGGCACCAGUCAGCGCAUAUAUCGAGGAUACAUACAUAACACAACUCCUGGACUACGCCACAUCGCUGGUACCACCUUGUUUUGCACUGCCAGUAGAUAAUGUGAAAAAUUUAGCAGUCCCUAUAUUGUCAACCGUUCAUGUACCCGACUAUAUAAUGAUGGAUGCAAAAAUAUUGAGCUCACCUCUAAGGCUACAGAAUUUGAUAAUAGAUCCUGUGUCUAUUCUUCUGAGUGUUCACACAUCGGUACGGCUCUACUUAGCACUUGACCACUCUCCUUUAUAUUUUGGAACGUUCGAAAGAAAAUCUUUGUUGACCACUCCCUACAGACUGGGGAAUGCACUAACGAUGCAUUACUUAUCAGGCGCUAUAUUUGGUGCUGGUUGGGUUGUCGGAUCACUUGAAAUCCUUGGAUCUCCUGGAGGACUUGCACAAGCCUUAGGUUGUGGUCUUAGGGAUUUUGUUUCACUACCAUUUCAAGGACUUUUACAUGGACCCUGGGGUUUUGUCGUUGGUGUUACACAUGGAUCUGCUAGUCUAAUGAAACAUGUCACCGCAGGUACAGUGAAUUCUGUCACCAAAUUAGCAUCAAGUGUGGCUCGAAAUUUGGAUCGAUUAACACUAGAUGUGGAGCACCUUCAACGACAAGAAGAAUCUCGUAGAAUGCGACCACAAGGAAUGGCGCAAGGGCUUUAUCAAGGACUCACAGGCUUUGGGAUGAGUCUUCUAGCUGCUGUGGCAGGGAUAGCACAUCAUCCUCUACAACAAGUUUGGUCUGGCGAAGCAACCACAAGGGGGCUUGUGGCUGGUGUAGGUCUUGGACUAGUCGGAGUUGUAACUAAACCGCUGAGCGGUGCUGCUGAGCUUGUAGCUCUUACUGGUCAAGGACUACUGCAAGGUGCCGGAUGGAAUUCCUUGCCUUCUCCUCGACAAAGACCUGUUGUGCAAUAUUCAACCGCCAGUAACCACACGCCUAUAAGAUAUGCAUGGCGUCUUAUGCCUCUUUUGGUAAAAGGUCGCGACAAUAUUUUACACAUAAUAAACGCGGACCAUGUGAUUCACCAAGGCAGUAACCAAGCGGUAUCGUUAAUCUUGACCAGACAAGUAUUACUGGUCGUUAAUAUCGCGGAAGAUAGUACAGAGAAAAUAUUCACGCUGAAUGAAUUGACCAGCAUCGAUCAUCCUUCAGAUACAACCAUGUUGUGUUUACAUUGCCCUCCAACUGUCACGCAGUUAGCUACUCCUUCAUCGCCCCGAGAAUACCGAGAGAUGGAUCAGGAGAUGAGAGCGAGAGUCGCGGAAUAUGUACGCACCAGUACUUCUGGUUUGGCUAGUUUGCCUACGGACAGCGAUGCACAGUCUGAUAAUUCUGAGCCUGUCAUGCCUCCUGCUGAUAACACAAUAACAUUCUACGUUUCUCCUGAUUCUCGAAACUACUUUCUGUCGUUAUUGAAUGUCGCCAAGCGACAGAGUCAGGGAAAAGGUUUCCAGGUUUUGUAGAAGAGUGUGAAAGUUCACUCGUAAAAAUGUCUUGAGUCAAUUCUUGAUUUUCCAAUGGCUGGGGAGUUUCAUUAUACAUAUGUAUGUAAUCUAAAGAAAAAACGAUUGUUUGAUAUGUAAAUUUGUAUAAAUCAUUAAAAGAUGGUCGGAAAAGAG